AUGGUAACCUUCACAGAAGCAGACCUAGGCAUGGUGCAGCAUCCACACAACGAUGCUUUGGUAGUGACCCUCAAAAUUGGAGAAUAUCAGGUAAGAUGUUACAAGGAGCUCGGCCUUCACCAAGAUGAUUUGGAACAGCCUAACAGCCCAACGGUCAAGUUCAAUGGAACGUUGACCUGGCCCUUGAGAGCAAUAAAUUUGGAGGUGCAGGCAGGCACCAAGAAGGCCUCAAACAAUGAAGCAGAAUAUGAGGCACUGAUCACAGGGUUGAGGUUAGCAGUAAUAAAGGAUACCGACGAGGUGGUAGUCUUCUGUGACUCCCAACUUAUUGUGAAUCAGACAACGGGUAAGUACGCAGCCCGAGAUGAAAAAAUGAUAGAUUAUGUCAAAGAAGUUGUUAGACUGCUAGCAAUGUUCCAGGAUUGCCGGCUACAGCAGGCUAGCCGAGAUGAUAACAGUCAUGCCAAUGCCUCGGCUAACCUGGCUAGUACAAUGAAAUCAGGGGUGACAAGGACAAUAAUGGUUAAUUAUUUGUCAGGCCCAAGUAUGGAACCACUGAUCACAGAAUACGAAGCAAUGUAUGUAGAGAUGGGCCCAAGUUAG